AUGGCGGCCACAGAAAUUUCUCUGUCGGACAUUCCCGAUGAUUUCGGAAUUAGCUAUCUUAAUAAGCACGUAUCCCUUCGCAGAAAACAAAAGGCUCAAGCUUUUGUAAGCGGAUGCUAUGUAGAAAGAGUUAAGUUUUAUAAAAUCAGCGAGAACAUUGUCCAAAUCGGCGGAGAAGUGUACCCGAGUGUAAAGAAAAAUGAACAAAGGCACGUCGUUAGUUUGGAUGUUGAUGUUAAAGAAAAAGUGAUUGUUGAAGGGUAUUGUCGAUGUCAACAAGGGGAUGGUGGUACAUGCUCACACAUUAUUGCCAUUUUGUACCUCAUAGAGCAGUGGAAAAUUAUUGGCUACAAGGAUGUACCUGCAUUGCUCUCAUCGACAAGUUUGCCACAACAAUGGGACAGGCCACGUGGCGGAAAAAUCAAAUCGGAACCAGUGUCCCAAAUGGUGAUUGCGAGACCUACAAAUCUGACACGUAAACGAAAGCCAGUCAUGACAGAGUUCAAGGACAAUAGGAAAAUCCCUGUUACAAAUGACUGUAUCUCAGCUUUGAAACAACUUAAUGGAUCUCCAAUUUCAUACUUAGUAGAAGAAUCAAGUACAAGUACAAAAUAUACCGACACACAUAUAGGUCCACAAGUUGUAGGAAGUGGAUUGUCUUACCAUGCCAAUUUGAUGGAAUGUGUACAUGAGCCGAGGAAAGAAAAUGGGUGUGGAGAUAUUACAAUUCCUGCUGAUGUACAGUUAGACGGUGAAGCGGAGAAGAACAUUAGUGAAAAUGCUUCAUCAUGGGCACACUUGAGAAUUACCAGUGAAGACGCGCAAUCUAUAGAGAGAAAGACUAGAAUGCAGAGUGGUUCGAAGGACUGGCACGAACAUAGGAAAAACAGAAUAACUGCUUCCGUGUUUGGUUCAAUUAUUAAAAGAAAAAAAGAAGUAAAUGAAAGCUUUCUAAAAAACACAUUCUGCCAGAAACCAUUUGUUUCUAAGCCAACAAGUUAUGGCCAAGUACAUGAAAAAACAGCAAAAAUCCUGUAUGUAAAGAAAACAGGAAAUCAUUUACAUGAUGUUGGUUUAGUAGUGAACCCAACUUUUCCUUUUUUAGGGGCCACACCGGAUGCUCUAGUUUGCGCAGGUGGCAGUACUGGUUUGGUAGAGGUCAAGUGCCCAUACUCGGCAAGAAAUUAUUCGGUGUUGCAAGCAAUUCAAAGCAAUGUUAAGGACUUUUGCUUGAUCCAAACUGGAGAGAAUAUUGAGCUCAACAGAAAUCAUGCAUAUUAUUUUCAGGUUCAAGGCCAGUUACUUGUGACCGGAAUGCCAUUCUGUGAAUUUAUUGUUUAUUGCAAUGAAGACAUAUUUGUACAAAGGAUUGAACCUGACCGAGACAUAAUGCUCACUAUUUUAAAGAAAAUGACAGACUUUUACAUUAAAAAGUUUAAGCCCUACAUGGAAAGCUUGAAGUAAAGGGUCUGAACCUAGAAACAUGACACUUUAUACAUACCAUUGUUUUGUGCAUUGCUAUUUGUGCAGUCUCCAUGGAAAGCAUCUUCUUGUUCACUCAUAAAUGCAGAAACAGUUGGGUGGACAAUCACAACAUCUUGAUUCUGAGAAUGGCUGUAAAUAUGUAAAUAAUUUAUUAGACUUUGCAAACAAAGAUUACUUUUAACAAAGAUGUAUGCACGUGUAAAUAUGUAUCUAAAAUGAUAUUAAAAAGAUAUUUGCAUCAAUAGCAAUGUCAUACCUAAAACACAUGUUUAGUUUUAUUAAAAAAAAACAACGUUCAUAUGUUUGAAAUACCAUAAAUAAAAUAAAAUUUUAUACUUUGAGCUUUCAAAGAUUAUUGUGUUCUGUUUUAUGUUAGACGUAAAAUAAAAUCAAACCUGAAAGUCUCAGACAGUGCUGUUCUUAUUUUCUUCUUUGGUGGUUCAGAAUGUGCACGCGGCUUAGGAGGGCGUCUGGCAGGUGUGACUUUUUCAUACCGACUUGCUGGUUCAGGGUCUGGAUUUGCAGUGGUUGGUUUCCCGUCAAUGAAAUGCUG